AUGGAAAGAUGGCAAGAAAAAGUCAUAGAUAUGUACAAUCAAAGUCUAGGUCCUAGAUUUCACUAUAAAUUGUUUAGUCAUCUUUACUAUAACGCGUAUAAUUUUAGUAAGAAGGGUGAUGAUAAUAUGAAAAAUCAACUCACUUUAAUUACUAAUAGACUUGAUAAUGUUACUUUCGAAGAAGUAGGAAAAAUAGUUUCAUAUAGAAACAUUCAGAAUAGUAUUGUAUAUAAAGAAAAGUGGAAUUUAGUGGGAAAGAAUAGGAGAAUAUAUGAAGCAGCUCUUGAACGCAUCAAUGUAGCAACAGAUGACAAUGCAUAUAUCGCUAUUCGACUAAAAGAAAUAUUAAUUUCAGGACUAAAAAAAUGGUUAUUAGGACAAUCAGAUUAUGGAGUGAGAUAA